AUGAUGCAGAACAAUCGCAAGCGACCGCAAACGGCGCCAGCGAGGCUGACCCAGAGGAGCAUCACAGACUUCUUUGUCUCGAAUGGAAGAACUAGCAGAGCUGGGUUGCCCAAGGAGGGAAGUCUGCUCUCCUCUCAAUCAUCUUCCGCAUGGAAUAUGAGUACAUUCCCGGUAUACGAUGUUGUGCUGCGCACCCUUGCACGCAGCGCUGAAUUUGAGCAGGCAGAGAGCGCAAUCUGUACUUCCAUCCUGCCCAUCAUGCGUCGCCUGAUGAAGGCAGAUGCCUCAUUCACGUACGCAAUCAGCUUGGUGGACUAUAAGGGGCAGCCAAGCAUCCUGAUCGUUGUGUCCGAACCCAACCGUGUGAGGGGACUACUGGACAGCACAUAUGGCGGACUUCCUGUCGUCUUUCUCAAAGGCGUAGUGAGCACGCGCGCCUCACCAGCCGAUUGGACGACGGCCAGCAAAAACCUCACUCAGCAGAUCGGCGCCAGUAUCUCAUGUGCAGGUGAUUCGCACGCCGGGACGUUGGGCUUAUUCGUUCAGCAAAAGUCUACUAAGGCUGUCUGCGCCUUAACCUGCGCCCAUGUAGCACAGCCAGUUCCAGCAGUGCCGAGUGUGCCCGACAGCUUUCAGCCGUGCCGAAUUGUGUGCCCUGCUGAUGCCGACUUGAGAGAGAUGCUCGCCUGGCUUGACACUACCAUCGCCAAGCAGGAAACUAAAUUGGCUUGCUGCGAGACUGAUCCCCCAAAAUGGCGCGCUACCGCUCUCUGCCGAAAAGCACUCGCCGACAGUCGUCAGCAGCGAGCUACGCUUCUAUCGCGACACGACUUUGGCACGGUCUGCGCUAUGAAUGUCCAUCUGCCCACUCCGUCGAAUCCCUUUUACAGCGAUUGUGCUCUAGUGCGCGUGGCUGAUGCAGCGAAUGUCUCCAUCGAAAGGAAUAUGAUCGAUUUCCGCAAUCAUGUCUGCGACGGCUUUCUGGACCCUGAGACAUUGACGUACAGGCAAAUGUUGGUCAAGAUAGGUCGGUCGACUGGUCUGACAAAAGGUCGCGUCAACGGCUACAAGUUUGUUGCCUCAAUGCACAGCCCGUUCGGAUUGGCCGAGGAGUUCUGGUCGUUCGCAACAUGGAACGAAGAUUGCCAAGCCUCAGUUUCCACUUCAGGUGAUUCUGGAGCGGCAAUCUUCUUGGAUGGGGAGUCCAAGGCUGUUGGCUUGCUGUUCGGUGGGGUCAUGGUGGAGGUAGAGACACAAUAUGGACCCAGAUACGUCGACUUGACGCUUUUCCAAAGUAUUGUCGUAGUUGCCACUUUGCUUGACAUCGAAUGCCUGGACGCUUAG